AAAUAAAAAAUAAAAAAUAAAAAAAUCAUUUGUGUGAUUUGCAGGUAACAAUGGCGUUCUCUGCAACUCUUCGAUGUUCAUCUUCUCUAUACCGCCCUUCGAAAAAUUCAACAAUUUCAAGCGUUUUGCGUCAAUCGUCUUCUUCACUGUCUUUUAGAUCUUCGCCUUCGUUUUUUAAUCGCAAAAAAACAUUGUCUAUUCGAUCUGCUACACUUGAAGCAGCACCUGCAUCUGGAGGAGUAGCACCUGCAAUUUCCUUAACCGACAAUGCAUUAAUGCACUUGAAUAAAAUGAGGAAUGAUCGGAAUGUGGACUUGUGUCUUAGAAUUGGCGUUAAACAAGGGGGAUGCUCGGGAAUGUCAUACACGAUGGAGUUUGAAAAGCGAGAAAAUGCUAGACCAGACGAUUCAAUCAUUGAGUACAAUGGAUUUGUUAUUGUUUGUGAUCCAAAAAGCCUUCUCUUCAUCUUCGGAAUGCAACUGGACUACAGCGAUGCAUUGAUAGGCGGGGGCUUCUCUUUCAAAAAUCCAAAUGCUACGCAAACUUGUGGUUGUGGAAAAUCGUUUACUGCUGAGAUGUAAGAGCAUGUAAUCUUAGAAAUGUACUACAACAUUACAUACUUGAACACCAACUGUAGUUUGCUUGGUCCUCUAGAUAUCGACAGACAGUAAUGAAGAUAUGUUAAAUCAUAUUAUGUGCACAAGGGACUGUAACUUUUAAAUGUGUAACUGGGAAUGCAUUUUAUUCUUCCUGCACAAAAUACUAAACAUCUAUGCCAUGUCGAUUUAUGCUU